AUGUUACACAUGUCUGACCCCGAACACAGAAGCAUCCCAAAGCAGUCGCCGCCCUCGACGCUCAGACCUGACCUGUCUUCGCUCCAUCGUCCUAGCUUCAUCUUUGACCCCGACGACGUCUUCCAGAAGUACUUAAUAAGCGGAGAAGCUUCUACCUUCAUCACCUGCGACUGCAGCUCACUCGUCCCGCAACGUGGGCCACCAAAAUAA